GGUAUAAUGUCAAACACAACUCACGAACAGUUCUAACCUAUUUGACAUUUGAAAUUAAACUUACAGUUAUCAUGCAUUUGUACAAGGUAUUAUUAAUUUAUGGAUUAUUAAUUCUGUGUGGAGUACACAGUAAAAAAUCGAAAGAAGGCGAAAAACCAAAAUGGGCACAGAAGGAUAUUCGGGAUUUUAGUGAUGCCGACAUGGAGAGGUUACUGGAUCAAUGGGAAGAAGAUGAAGAACCCCUUCCAGAAGACGAAUUGCCCGAACAUCUCAGACCUGAUCCAAAGAUCGACAUAAGCAACAUCGAUAUGAGCAAUCCCGAAAACAUACUAAAGGCUUCCAAAAAAGGCAAGACUUUGAUGGCAUUCGUACAAGUCAGUGGAAAUCCAACACAAGAAGAAGCCGAAACCAUCACUAAAUUGUGGCAAGGCAGUCUGUGGAAUAGUCAUAUACAAGCCGAAAGAUAUAUGGUUAGCGAUGACAGGGCUAUAUUUAUGUUUAAAGAUGGUUCUCAAGCUUGGCCUGCAAAAGACUUUUUAGUGGAACAAGAAAGGUGUAAAGAUGUUACAAUUGAAAAUAAAGUAUAUCCUGGUAAAUAUUCUUCGCUAAAGAAGAAUUAUAAUAUAAUAUAUUAUAAUUAUAAUCUAAAAUGGAUUUGA